ACAGGUGAUUCGUGUCUAAUAGUGAAGAGUAGAGCCAAACAUCACGCGAUUAGCACUAAAUUGGAUAAAGUGUUUAAAUUCAAUAACAAACCAUUGGUUCUUCAGUACGAGGUGCAGUUCCGCAACGGCCAGGAAUGUGGCGGCGCUUACAUAAAACUGUUGUCUCACCCGUCGGGAGACCUGAAGCGCCUAAACGACAAGAGCCAGUACUCCAUUAUGUUUGGCCCCGACAAGUGCGGCAAUGAUAUGAAACUGCACUUCAUUUUCCAACACAAGAACCCUAACAACGGCUCCCUUUCCGAGAAGCACUGGAAGCUCACCAGUAAUGUCAAUAAGAUCGAUGAGGUGGUAUUCAAAGACAGUCGAUGGCAUCUGAUUCGUCUGGAGAUUAAUACAGAUAACACUUUUGAAGUCACUUUGGAUAAGAGUUCUGUUGGAAAGGGCUCUCUAUUGGAGGACUUUAACCCACCCGUCAAUCCCCCGAAAUAUAUCGACGAUCCCAACGAUAGUAAACCUGAAGACUGGGACGAGAGGGAGAAAAUACCGGAUCCCGACGCAGUGAAGCCCGAGGACUGGGAUGAGAGCGAACCGCGCAAAAUAUCCGAUCCAAAGGCUGCAAAGCCUUCUGAUUGGGCGGAAGACGAGCCGGAAAUGGUGGCCGACGCUGAUGCCAAACAGCCUUCCGAUUGGGACACAGAGAUGGACGGCGAAUGGGAGGCACCCCUCAUUGCUAACCCCCGUUGCGCUCAAUUGUCCGGAUGUGGCAAAUGGACGGCUCCUCUCAUUGAUAAUCCAAAAUUUAAGGGCAAAUGGAGAGCCCCUCUCAUUGGGAACCCGGCCUAUAAGGGCAAGUGGGGACCCCGUAAGGUCCCAAACCCUGAUUUCUACGAAGAUCCCGAUCCUUUCCGAACACUGUUACCCAUUGACGCCGUUGCAUUUGAGUUGUGGACCAUUUCUGACGGUAUUGCCUUCGAUAACGUCCUAAUCACAGACGACUCGGACGUCGGCCGACACAUAGCGGCGCUCACCUAUCAGAUCAAGAAAGAGAUGUCCGACUCAGAGACCGAUAACAUACUCAUCAAAGCUGUUAAGUAUACAAACAAAUACCCCUGGCUUUGGGCCGUCUAUAUAAUGGCCGUCGGAAUACCAGUGGUUCUGUUCAUUGCAUUCUGUUGUGUGUCUCCUACGAAACGCACGGACACUAGUGAUGCCUCCGCCACACCCACCAUUUUUGGACAGCCCUACAAACUGGGAGAGUGGGCUGACUAUGCGCUCAGUCAUCGGAAGCUUUACACGAAUAAGACGACCGAAGAGUGCGGUCGCACUUUCGCGAGGGGUCGCUAUUAUUUGGUGACCGGACUCGUCGAUCACUACCGCAACGCCUGGACCUCUCUCUGCCAAUUCACACAACUCUUCGAUGAAGUGACCAAAGAUGAGAAGCAAUUCCUCAGAACAGGUCUCCAAAGAAUUGACUGCAACCACACAUUUGGCGACUAUUUUGAUCGCAAUCAUACAAAUUAUACUCAGUUUUACUGA